AUGGGCUCGCUUUGUUCGCGAGAAGAAGAUGGGGAGGAUGCUAUGACAACUAUGAACGGGACAGGAAAGAGCAAGACUAAAAAGGAAAGCGAUAUCAUCCAUUUUUUCAUGUUAGGAAUAGAAGGUGCUGGUAAAACAACAAUUAUCCGCCAACUCAAAUGUCUCUGUAUGCAGAAACCUCAUAACUAUCAGAUGUACGACGAUAGCUGGAACUUGAUUGACCGCGAGAAAAUUUUCGAUUACUACGAAUUGGAAGGACUUAAAAAUGUAGUGCGAAUUAAUCUUCUAACGGCUGCUGCCUCAUUGAUACGGAAAGCGAGAGAUCGCGACGAAGAGUUCUUGCGAAGUUCCACAGCCGCUGCUGCGAUUCUGAGAAAAUGUUCACAGCUGUACGAAGGAGAAGUUGAUAUUUAUGAUCAUUCGAAUCAAAUCGAAGAUGAAUAUGGAGGAUUCAUCAUUGAGAUCAUAUCUGAUCCUCAAGUAGUUCGGCUGCUCGAGCAACCGAUUGGCGUUGCUGGAUUGAAAAUUGAAGACGGAACCCGAUAUUUUCUAAAGGACGAAGGAAGAAUUCGCAACAUUUUCACUGAUUCUUAUCAGCUUACAAACGAUGAUAUUGUCCAUGUUCGUAAGCCGACUGUUUCUUUCAAAAGUUACAAAUUUCGAAUCAAGCAACUACGAGUCGAGAUUCAUGACAUGGGCGGUCAAAAAAGUGAAUUAGUGAGUGUUCGAUUUAUUCAAUCUGAAUGUCGGAAUAUGAACCUGCAGGUAAAAAUACCCCAAUUCAUGAGGCAAUUCUUGACAACUAGUGGACAUUGCUUUUUGCUUUAUGUAUCAUCACUGGCCGCUUUUCAAGAACCUGAUAAGGACUCGAAGGGAAGAACUGUUCUUGAUAAAAGUGCUGCUAUCUUUAAGCUUGUACUGGAAAUGAGUGGAGUCGACGAGUGCACAGUAAUGAUAUUUUUCAAUAAGCAAGACAGAUUUGAAGAAAUUUGCCGAGAAAUGUUACAAAAUGAUGAUGGAGAAGGAAAACGACAGAUUGAGAAGCUUCUUGGUGUGCCGCCAAAACUUCCAAAAAAUCAAAAAGAAGGCGGCAAGAAAAACAAGCCCGAGAACUACGACUAUUUGAAAGACUCGAUUCGAAAUCGAUUCAAGGAGAUAUUGAAGAACAAUAACGACAAGAAAAGUUACUACAUGAAAUACACUCAAGCUACAGAUGCUCAACUGAUGAGCACUAUCUUUUAUGCUGUUGAGAAUGAAAUCAUAUCAGCAUUCUUCACUCAAGCCCGUUAUUUAUAA